AUUGUUUCUUCUUCUUCUUCCAACUGCGGUCGCAUGGCCCGGCAAUUGUUGCUUUAAUUCUUGGCGAUUUCCCAAAUUAUGACCAUAAACAAAUUAAAGUCGCACAUACUGAAAGAAAUGCAGCUUAGUUUCAGGCUUACCGAAGAGCGCGAGAUGUCCUCCGGCCGCAAGAGGCCUGGAAAACCAGUUCGUCCACCUGUGGCUUCUAAACAGAAGGCGGGACCAACAGCUCCCCGUGCUCCCACAGAGAUGUUGAAAACUAAAAGCAAAAAAUGGAUUUGGAAGCUCCCCAGAACUCCAAGGGGCAAACACGGAACGUGGAAUCCUUCCAGAAAGCCAAGCCGAGAUCUAAUAAGAAAGCUGCUCAAAAGAGACCUAUCCCUAACGAAGAUACCAAGUCUGAGACUUUUCCGUCUGAAAAGAAGCAAAAGAAGGAUGGUGGUGCAGAUAGUGGGGUGUAGCUUUGAAGACCAAACAUCUAGUGAAGGCUCCUUUGAGGAUUUCGAGGAUAAUUUUGAUUUCGACGAAGAUGUCGAGUUAGAGGCUGAAGAGGAAGAUGAAGGCGGCUUUGAGGCGAAUUCAGAGGACGACCGGUUUGAAAAAGCAAGCAGUUCUAAGGAGUUCGAUGGCUUUGAGGGCGAAGACGAGGACUUCUUCAGAGCUCCUAUGAUUUUUAAGGUGUCCAAAAAUAGUCGGAUCAAAGGGACAACCUUUCAAGCUCCUAUUAAAAAUGCUAAGGAAAGUCCUCUGAAUUUUUUACAAGGCGAUUGUCAAGCUUCUGUCCACAAAAUUUUGGUCUUUGAAUCAAAUGCCCUGGCCGAAUUGGAGAACGUUGAAACAGAUGAUGAGUACGUUCCUCGAAAUAGCGAAGACUUGGAAUCUGAAGAUUUUGACAGUGAAGAUACGGAAAGUGAGGACUUUGACAGCGAAGACUAUGAGAGUGGAGACAGCAAAGACUAUGAGAGUGGAGACAGCGAAGACUAUGAGAGUGGAGACAUCGAAGACUUUGACGAUGAAGACAGUGAGGAUUCCGAAAGUGAUUUCAAAGACAGCGAUGAUUUCGGCAGUGAUAUCUUUGAUAGCGACGACCUUGACUCCACAUAUGAACCACCCAUUAUUGAAGGUUUCUUUGAUGAUCCACCGUCACAUUUGCAAAAAGAACCCCUGAUUAUUGAAGAAAUAUUGAUGAACACCCUGCGGCACAAAAAGGAUGAGACUGUGGAAGAAAAGAUUGUAGAGGAGAUAAUUGUUUCAAAAGAGGACAAAGUUGAAGAGCCCGAAGUUACGGUAGAAGCUGAAGUCAAACCCAGGGAAUUGCCUACAGAUACUACUACUACAGAACCGAACCAAAGUCCUCACUCAAAUGAGACACCCUUUUAUAGAAAUCCGCAAGCCACUCCCACAGAGCUCAGCGUUUUCGAGAAUAGUCUCAAGAGCAACUACGUCCUGGCUGUGAUUAAGGAGAACAUUGAGCUGUAUGGAACAUUGGUGCUGACUCUGCUGAGUGGUCAAAUCUCAGUGAAUGGUCACAAAGCCGGCAGGCAGGAACCACUAACUAUUUAUUCACUAAAAGGUCUUCCUUGGGUGUCCGUUUCACCGACCAAAACCAAAAAACCCUCUAAGGAUGAGGUGAAUUGGGUUGAAUUGAAUGAGAACUUUACACGGGCACAGCUGGACAGGAUUCAGGGAAGCUUCCAGAGUCAGACAGAUGCCAUUGUGCUGUUGCAACGAAAUGCCGGUGCCCAAAGCCUCCUCGAGACCUUUGGUAAACACAUGGCUCAGAAUGUGUUCCCGCUGCUAAACACCUCAAAUAGGCCAUACCAUCAGAGCGAAUCCCUGCUGCAGUGUCUCAUUCAAAGCUCCGAUCUGAGUCGCACGCUCCUAGUGCCGCAGGUUUGGAACAAGUUGAAGAUACAACCCAAUAGUCGUAUAAUUAUAGCAGGUGGAAAGGGCGUUGGAAAGUCAAGUUUGCUGCGUUACCUCAUCAACCGGAAUCUGGCCCAGCUGCCGUCUUUCUUGCUCGUCGAUUUGGAUAUUGGGCAGCCUGAGGUUUUUGUUCCGCAGACUGUGUCGUGUACUCUCAUCGAUGGACCAAUCCUGGGUCCGGGAUUUUUGCUGAAUAAACAACCGGAUUGCGCCUACGUCGUCGGCCACACCAAUAUAGUCAUGUGCGCGGAACAAUAUGCUAGGGCAGUCAUCCAGUUGAUCCAGCAUAUCGAGAAGGAUCGCAAGUACGAAAAUAUUCCCUGGCUAAUUAACACAAUGGGUUACAACAAAGGCUUUGGAACUGAACUGAUGGCCCUGCUGGUGGACCGCAUCCGACCCACGGACUUGAUACAGAUUACCAGUCCAAUACCGAUCAACAACUUUGAUUCACCUCUUGAACGGAGCAGUCUCUCUCAGUGCAAGCCCAUUAUUUAUACCGCGGAUGAAUUUCUGGUGAAGGAUAUUCCAAAAUAUACGCUCCACAAGCUGAUGAGUGCUGUGCCGCCCAAGGAGCGGGGAACAUGGAGUUUGAGUGCCAAGGAUAUGCGGUAUUCCAACCUUUUGGCCCGCCUUAGUUCAUGUCUCACGGGAAAUGCCAAAUCAUUGGCAGAUUGCCAGACCCUUGGAGUGCCUUUAGACGCACUAAAGAUCCAGCAUCCAACCUGCGGAGAUUACACGCGUGAAGAACUGGUCAAUGGUAUGGAGGCCAAUGUGGUGUAUCUGUGCCACCAAGAGGGCGAUGGCUUGCCGCAGUGUUUGGGAAUAGGAGUUGUUCGCGCCAUUGACUACGAAAACCAGCGACUGUUUCUCAUUCCAGCAAUGCCCCUACAGCGUAUGUCCCUUGUGAAUAGUCUCAUACCCGGCGGAGAACUUACCUUGCCACAGGGAUAUUUUCGAGAUCAGGGUCAAGGAGUUUCUAGCACCGUACCUUUCGUAUUCAUCCUGGACGAUUCCAAGUCCUCGAAGAGCAUACAGCAGAUCUACCAUCGACAACCAGCCUUCCUGGGAGUGCCAGCAAAUCAGAGGAACGGAAAUUAAGCCGGGUACCGGUACAAUCACGCUAGUCGUAUUGACAUUGUUUUGUAAAUAAAGAAAGGUUUAUUAAAUCAA